ACCAAUAACAGAGGAGCACAGCUGUCACGCGAAAGCAGACCUAGCCACCAAAACAAAUACUUUUUAAUGCAAAUGCUGUGUGUGUUUGCUUUCUAAAUCUUUCGCUUGAAGAGCUAACCGGUGCGACUUAAACACACCAUUGAAUCGAAAGGGAUGUCGCACCAUGCAGUCAGUUCAUCAGUAGAUGUGUCUCAGAGUGUUGAGGAGGACCCUUUAGUGGACGGACCGCUGAUCCCCCCUGAUGCCCUGCAGUCUGCUAUCAGGAGAGAAUUCACUACUCUCCACACACACUGUCCUGCUGUUCUACUGAUACUGCUGGAGGUGGCGUAUGUGUCUCUGAGUGUGUGUGUUGCCGUAGUGUGUGUGUUGGAGGUGGGCCGGGAGGAGUGUGUCAGCGUGUUGGGUAAUGUGCGGGGGCAGAGUCUGGUGGCGAUGGGGAAGGUGUGUGUGUGGCUGUGUGUGUUGUUGUUUGGUGUGUGUGUUCAGCAUCACCACAGCCGAGUGAGGAGCAGAGGAUACCUCCGCUUCUACAGAGAAACCCGCACCCUGAAACACCUGCCGCUCAUCAUCCACUCAGCAGGUAAUGCAGCGGUGUUGGUGGUCUUGUCAGCUGAUCUGUCAGAGGCCGAGCAUCUUCCUGUUUAUCUGCUGCUAGGGAUUCUGGGACUGGAGCUCCUGGUCUCUCUGCCUUGUCUGAUCAUCUACACAGUCAGGGUGGUGAGAUUCAACCGAGAGAGAGCUGGUCCAGAUAUCAGUCAGGAUGAACAAUCUAACUCCUACAACACUACUGAGACUGGCUUCAGGGAGGGCUCCAGUCUGGAAGAGGUAGUGGAGAAACAAGCUGAUCUCAUCGACUACCUGAAGCAGCACAACACCCUACUGAGCAAGAGACUGCUCAACAUGACGGCACAGCACUGACCACAAUACCACCACAACCACACCACAACCACACCACAACCACACCACAACCACAACACAACCACAACACCCUACUGAGCAAGAGACUGCUCAACAUGACGGAACAGCACUGACCACAAUACCACCACAACCACACCACAACCACACCACAACCACACCACAACCACAACACAACCACAACACAACCACAACACCCUACUGAGCAAGAGACUGCUCAACAUGACGGAACAGCACUGACCACAAUACCACCACAACCACAACACAACACCCUACUGAGCAAGAGACUGCUCAACAUGACGGAACAGCACUGACCACAAUACCACCACAACCACACCACAACCACACCACAACCACACCACAACCACAACACAACCACAACACAACCACAACACCCUACUGAGCAAGAGACUGCUCAACAUGACGGAACAGCACUGACCACAACACCACCACAACCACAACACAAC